AUGGUCAACCAACAGGGUCAAGGCCAAGUACAGCAUCCUGGAAAUCAUGAGGGAGAGGACCAUGCCUUAGAACGGUUGCAGAAGUUUCUACCGCCAAAAUUUUUGGGUGGACCUAGCCCUGAUAUAGCGGAGAGUUGGUUGGAGCGAAUGUUAGACAUUUUUGCUUCGUUAGGAUACUCGGAGGAACGGCAGAUAGCUUUCGCCGUUUUUCAAUUUGAGGGAGCGGCUCGUGCCUGGUGGAAUGUAAUUCAAGCCAAGUGGGAUAGAGAGCAGACCCCAUGGACAUGUGCUAAUUUCACUCGUGAGUUUAAUGAAAAGUACUUACCGCCACUUGUUCAAGAAAGGCUAUCACUUGAGUUCCACCGAAUCCGCGAGAUGGCACACUUGGUUGGUAUGUAUAAGGAAAUUGAGAUGCUUCGAAACAAAGUAGAGGUUCAAAAGAGAUUAGCCGAGUACUGGGAAGAGCGAUGGAAACAUGAAUACUCGGAGAAAAUUGAGCUACUGCACGAGAACAUAGGACUAAAAAGGCAAUGCGAAGGGAUUUUAGCAGAGACUUUAGCAAGGCCACAAAUUAAUACUUUUACGGAAGUGCAAGAGAAAAGCCAAAGGCUAGAAAUUUCAGGUGCACAGGUGAAGGCCCUCCAUGCAAAGAAAAGGGGUGCACUUAGUGACAUUCAAAGGCAAGAACAAGGUGAUCCAGGUGCGUGUGUGAGUUUGAUUUUGAGGGUAAGAAAUGCUUGUUUUUGGGCUUCCCCCCCAAUGGAAUUUGUCAUUCUUCUUGGUCACGGUGGUCAAUGGGGUGGCAAUGGUGCUAAAGUCUUUGACAAAACGCCGGUAGAAGCCUGCCAACCCAAGAAAGCUGUGCACCUCCGGGACGGAUGCAGGAGUUGGCCAUUGCUUGAUGGCUUCAAUCUUGGACUCAUCCACUUUGAUCCCCUGUGA